UGGUUUGGUUCAUCAGGACAGUGGAAGAAGAUGCUGCUUCUCCUUCUGAUCUCAAGUGCUUUUGUCCUGCCCUGGGCUGGGGCUGGAAGGAUCAUUGGUGGGAAGGAAGUUAAACGCCACUCCAGACCCUACAUGGCUUUUUUAGAAAUCCAAGUUUCAAAUCAGUCUGUCCCAAAGACUUAUAACUGUGGAGGGUUCCUGAUUCGCCCAGAUGCAGUGCUCUCAGCAGCUCACUGUGUGGCUAAAGAAGGGAGAGUGAGGGUCACUGUGACCCUGGGAGCCCACAACGUCCGUGUCCGAGAACGGAGCCAGCAGAGGAUCCAUGUUAGAGACUGGGUCAUCCAUCCCAAGUAUUCCCCUGGUGACUUGAAAAAUGACAUUGUGCUGCUGAAGCUGAAGCCAAGGGCCAGGAUCAAUGAGAAUGUGAAAUUUAUCUCCAUCCCCAGCAGCAGGGAACGUGUGAGAGAAGGAACUAAAUGUAAGGUGGCUGGCUGGGGCUGGACAUCUGUGGAAGGGCCCUCCAGUAAUGUGAUGAUGGAGGUGGAACAGGAGGUGCAAACCGAGGACAUAUGUCAGCAGCAAUUCAAAUGUAAAUACCAGCCUCAGUCCAUGAUCUGUGUGGCUGAUGAGGACAGUGAAAAGGCACCUUUCCAUGGUGAUUCUGGCGGCCCAUUAGUCUGCAAUCGUAAGGCUCAUGGCAUUGUUUCUUAUGGACCUCAACGCAGCAUCCUCCCUGCAGUAUUUACCAGAAUCUCGUAUUUUGAGCCCUGGAUACGUAAGGAGCUGAGGAAGUUUGCACUCCAAGAGCUGCCUGGCUCUCCAUCCUCUGACUAAAAUGCUCAGUGCCCCUUCUCCACAACGCAUCAAACACCUGCUGGUGCUCAGAAGCUGCCGGGGCAGCUGAACUGGGGUCAGAGCAGCCCCGGUGGUGCAGGCACGGGCUUUUGCAGUAAGGAGAGUCUCUGUGGCAAAGUGAAAAUGCAGGUCCCAAGUACACACAGCUUUCCCAUUGUUCCCUUUGUCCCAUUGCUGCUUCAGCUCUGCUUUCUGGCCAUCAAUAAAAGCAUCUUCAGACUUG